UGUUUAUUGGCAUUUUGUUUGGAUAUAUGAAAUAUAAUAUAUUUUUAUUGUUUUUAAAGCAAAUGGGAAACAUUAUUCACUUGGUAACAACAUUCAAUAAAUAAUGGCAGAUACUGAGGAGAUACCUAUAACUGAGAAGGAAAAUUCAAAGAUUUGUAUUCUCUUGAACGCUACUGGGAAUGUUCCAAUAAUUAAGAAACGCAAAUGGACCGUAGAUCCUAACAAAACAGUGAGCUGGAUACAGAAGUUUAUACACCAGUAUCUAAAACUAGAUGCCAGCGAACAAAUUUUUCUUUAUGUGAAUCAGACUUUUGCGCCUGCACCUGACCAAAUUAUCAAAAAUCUUUACGAAUGUCAUGGAACUAAUGGCCAACUUGUCCUUUAUUAUUGCAAAAAUCAAGCCUGGGGUUGAAAAAUCAAUCAAAUACAGUUAGGCCGUAAGGGUUAGAGUUAAGUUAGCACACAUACAUAUUCUAUUCACGAUAAUAAGUUUACAAAUUUAUAUAAAUUUCUAUUAAAUGCAUAAAUACUUUUAAAACGUUUGAAUAAAACAAUUUCAUUUUAGUUCAA